AUGGUGCUGCUGGGGAGACUCGUGCAGCCGGUUUGCCGGCGCGGGCCGGUGCCGCGGGGCGCCUGCAGACCCUUCUGGGGGUGGCUCAAUGCCGUCUUCAACAAGGUGGACUACGAGCGGAUAGAGGCUGUUGGCCCCGACAGGGCGGCUUCCGAGUGGCUGCUGCGGUGCGGCGCCCUGGUGCGCUACCAGGGCUACCAGAAAUGGCAGCAGGACUACAAUGGGCUCCCGACGGGGCCCUUGGGCAAAUACAAGAUAGAAGCAAUUAAUGCCACGGAGUCUUGCAUCAUGUACAGAGGAUUUGACUAUUUGGACGGUCUUGAACACGUUCGAGAAAUCAAACUGCAGAAGUGUAUUUACAUCCAGGACGAGUGCCUAGAGAGGCUCAGCCAGACAAAGAACCUCCAGAGGAGCCUCCUGCGGCUGCAGAUCAUCUCCUGCGGGAACGUCACGGAUAGAGGGGUCACUGCUCUUCACAGGCUGGCGAACCUUGAAUAUUUGUUUCUGAGUGACCUUCCUGGAAUAAGGCAGAAGGAAACCACCAUUGAUGUCCUUCAGCAGGCGCUGCCAAACCUGGAGCUGGAGCUGGAUCUGGAAUAA